AACAUGGGAAAGGAGGAGAAGGAGAGGAGAAAAUGAAGGUAAAGAAGAUGAAAAAGAGAAGAGGAGGAGGAGAUGAAGAUGAAGGAGAAGAUGGGAAAGGAGAAGAAGGAGAAGGGAGGAGAAGAGGAAGAUGAUGAAGAAGAUGGAGAAGCUGAAGAAGAAGGAGAAGAGGAGGAUAAGAGAUAGAGAAGGGAAGAAAAGGGAGAAAAAGAAAAGAAGAUGGAGAAGGAGAAGGGAAGCGAAGAAGAUGAAGAAGAUGGAAAAGAAUAAGAGGAAGAUGGGGAAGACGAUAGAAAAGGAGAAGAAAAGGAGGAGAAGGGAAGAGAAGAAGAUGGAAAAGAAGUAGGAGAAGGAGAGGAGAAAAUGACGAUAAAGGAAAUGGAAAAGGAGAAGAAGGAGAAGAAAAGGAGAAGAAAAGGGGAGGAGGAGAUGAAGAAGAAGAUGGGAAAGGAGGAGAAUGAGAGGAGAAGAUGAAGGUAAAGAAGAUGAAAAAAGAGAAGAGGAGGAGGAGAUGAAGAUGAAUGAGAAGAUGGAAAAAGAGGAGAAGAGGAGAAGAUGCUGGAGGAGAAGGAGAAGGGGAGGAGAAGAGAUAGAGAAGGGAAAAAAGGGAGAAAAGGAGAUGGAGAAGGAGAAGGGAAGCGAAGAAGAUGAAGAAAAUAGAAAAGGAUAAGAUGAAGAUGGGGAAGAAGAUAGAAAAGGAUAAGACAAGGAGCAGAAGGGAAGAGAAGAAGAUGAAGAAGGUGAAAAAGGAGAAGAUGAAGAUGGUGAAGAAGAUAGAAAAGGAGUAGAAGGGAAGGGAAGAAGAUGAAGAAGGUGAAAAAGGAGAAGAUGAAGAUGGGGAAGAAGAUAGAAAUGGAGAAGAAAAGGAGUAGAAGGGAAGAGAAGAAGAUGAAGAAGGUGAAAAAGGAGAAGAAAAGGAGUAGAAGGGAAGAGAAGAUGAAGAAGGUGAAAAAGGAGAAGAUGAAGAUGGUGAAGAAGAUAGAAAAGGAGUAGAAGGGAAGGGAAGAAGAUGAAGAAGGUGAAAAAGGAGAAGAUGAAGAUGGGGAAGAAGAUAGAAAUGGAGAAGAAAAGGAGUAGAAGGGAAGAGAAGAAGAUGAAGAAGGUGAAAAAGGAGAAGAAAAGGAGUAGAAGGGAAGAGAAGAAGAUGAAGAAGGUGAAAAAGGAGAAGAUGAAGAUGGGGAAGAAGAUAGAAAUGGAGAAGAAAAGGAGUAGAAGGGAGGAGAAGAAGAUGAAGAAGGUGAAAAAGGAGAAGAUGAAGAUGGGGAAGAAGAUAGAAAUGGAGAAGAAAAGGAGUAGAAGGGAGGAGAAGAAGAUGAAGAAGGUGAAAAAGGAGAAGAUGAAGAUGGGGAAGAAGAUAGAAAUGGAGAAGAAAAGGAGUAGAAGGGAAGAGAAGAAGAUGAAGAAGGUGAAAAAGGAGAAGAUGAAGAUGGGGAAGAAGAUAGAAAAGGAGAAGAAAAGAAGUAGAAGGGAAGAGAAGAAGAUGAAGAAGGUGAAAAAGGAGAAGAUGAAGAAGAUAGAAAAGGAGAAGAAAAGGAGUAGAAGGGAAGAGAAGAAGAUGAAGAAGGUGAAAAAGGAGAAGAUGAAAAUGGGGAAGAAGAUAGAAAAGGAGAAGAAGGGAAGAGAGAAGAUGGAAAAAGGAGAAGGGAAGGAAAUGAGAUAGAGAAGGGAAGAGAAAGGAGAAAACGAAAGGAAAGAGAACUGACUGGUAGUUCUAGGAAGGGGGGAGUUGUUUGUUUCCCAAUAAAAGAGCAUUUAGAAACCCCUUUGAAAUCUCCCAGAAGCCUGAACUGUGAAGAACCCUCCAAGGAAUCUCCUGGAAGACAGAAGCAGAUUAAUGGCAGCCAGCCACCCAGGAGGAGCCCCAAAGACACGAAGCCAGCCGCGGGAUUCCUGCUCGGAAAAAGGAUGCUGCUGUUGCCUUGGCAACGAGGGAUCCUGUGGAUUUGCACAUUCGUUCUCCCCGGAGGCCUGGUACCCGAUGGGACUCAUCCUGACAGGGAGGAAAAGGCGACACGGUGCAAACGAGACAGCCGGGGAGAACAGACAAGCAUCUCGAGCUCUGAGGAUGACCUGGGAAGGAAUCCCACUGGAGCAUUGCAGCACACCAAAAUACUUCGGAGUUACUCCGGACCGUGAUCUGACUUACAAGAAGCACUGCUUGACUAUUAAGCAAAAAGUGGAUGCUAGACAAUAUCAUACUAAAGCUAACUGGCACAACCUGGGCAUCACAACCAGACCCAGUGAAGACAUCUCCCCUUGUGCUUUGCUACUGUGCUGCAGAAUACGCAUGCCCAGCGUGGAAUACAUCUCACCACGUUAAAACAGUGGAUGUGACCCUUAAUGAGACAUGCCGCAUUGUCACAGGAUGCUUAUGCCCUACACCACUGGAUAAAUUAUUCUGUUUAGCCCGUAUUGCACCACCUGACAUCCACUGGGAAAUAGCAGCCUGUGAUGAAAUUGUUAAUGUGGGAUUUGUGUAUUGAUAGUGUUUAAAUACAAUUUGUGCCAUGCUUGUAUUGCAACUGAUUGCACCAUCCAGAAUGUACCAUAGUGUGGAAAGAGUUAAUUGCCAAGAAGCUAUGAUGACCUUGAUGUGUGGCUGGAACUAGGGAGUAUCCAGACUCAAGUGUUUGUGCAUACUGAUUGCAUCAGUUCAGUUCUGUUCAGUUGAGUUCUGUCUGCCUAGAGUUCGAGUCAAGUUCGGUUGGAGAACAGAGCAGUCCUGUGUUCGUCUGUCGUCUGCAAGUCUGUUUGUGUUGAUUAUUGCUGCAUACAGUAAAAUUUUGUAAAUAGUUUUACCAACGUCUCUUAGUAUCUCUUCGUUCUGCGCUCCACUGCUUCCAUCCAACUACUGCUGUGCUGCAAAUACUCUGAUAGAAAGGACCAAGGCAGUGACAUCUCCAGGUGAUCUUGUGUUUGGGUAUCAUCCAGCAAGCUAUUGCCUUAAAUCAAGAAAUAGCUUCCUAAGAUUCACGAGAUACUCGCAGGAACACCUCAGCAAGCGAGAAUCCAAAAGUGGCAGGCUAAAACCUAGAACCUCAAUCGGUGGCUGAUAUCAGAUGAGAGAUUCCCCCCUGGGCACACAGAAGAUUGUGUUGGAGUAUGGUUGUAUUUGUAUGAAAUGUAAAUCAAGUGUUUACUGCUGAUGAGCUAGAGUGUGUAUUUUCAGUAAUGAAAUAGUUAACAGCAGGCUAGUUUUGACUGACAGCCUGUUGUGAUUACUGGGACCUAUGAGGCUUGAUUUCUGGCCUUUGAGGGUUGGAGCAUCCUCCCAUCUGAGGAAUGCUAUUUAUCUUUUCUGUGGUGUUCGGCUUGAGCAUUCGCUGAAGAUGGACUAUGAAUUCUAUGCUCUGAAGCCGAGAAAUGCAAACUGUAAAUAGACAUGUAAAUAAAGUUAAUCAACAGUUGGACUUCGUCUGCUGGAGUGUUUGUUUGACCAGUGCUGUUUCUCAGCAUGGGAAUACAGUCUGGAGAAGGAGGUGAGACGAGGAUGAUGAUUUUUGGAAUCCACUCUGCACACCAUCAUCCCCUGACAGAUUGAGUGACUUGGAAGGCAUUUGGAAGGCGACUUGGAAGGCUCUGGCACCACGAGGUGCAGAGCUAACCUUAAGAAAUGGGACUACAAAGUGGAGUCCAUGACAUGUGAGUGUGGAGAAGAGCAAACCACAGACGUCUUACUACAAUGCAGUCUGAGCCCUGCCAUACACACAGUGGA